UGGGACUGAGAUGGAGGGAGAAAUGUUGAAGACAGCGGCUGCUAUGAAGGCAUGUUACCAAGGCUUUGAUCCUGCAGCGUAUUUGCAAUAUAACUACACUCCACCCAGAGCAGACUUUGAGCGAAGAGACAGCAUUGUACCAUGGAAGCUCAGCUGUCUGCACAGAGCUCUUACUGAAGAUGAUAUUAGAGGGGAUGUUUUAGUGGAUGUGGGAUCUGGCCCCACUCUCUAUCAGGUCAUGAGUGGCUGUGAACGGUUUAAUCGUGUGAUUCUUUCUGACUUUCUGGAGGUCAAUAGAAGAGAGCUGCAAAGCUGGCUCCAAGAGGACAAGAGCAGCCUGGACUGGACCACAUACUUCAAAUAUGUGUGUCAACUGGAGGGACGAAGUUCAUCAGCUUGGACGGAGAAGGCUGCACGACUUCGCUCAGUUGUGUCUGAUGUGUUGCCCAUUGAUGUACACCAGUCCUGCCCAUUAUCCCAAGGGUCCUUGCCUUCAUAUGGAGCAGACUGUCUGGUGUCGGCAUUUUGUCUGGAAAGUGUAAGCCCUGACUUGCCUUCUUUCACUAGUGCCUUGAGCAACAUCUCCAGCCUGCUUAAGAGAGGGGGUUAUCUUCUGCUCAUUGGUGCCUUGGGAGAAAGCUUCUACAUGGGUGCACCAGGACUGUGCAUUCCUGUAGUCCCUCUUGAUGAAGCUCAAGUCUGUUUCAGCCUAAGGGCCAGUGGAUAUGAGCUCCUGCAGCUUUGUAUUUACCAUCUGCCAGCAGAUAUGAAAGUGGGAGUAGAUGAUGUCACUGGUGUAUUCUUUGCAAAAGCAAAGAAGGCAUAAGAGAUAAAAUUGAAUGUGGACACUCUUUAUCAGUUAGAGUCUCCAUCAGAUUUUGGAUUUUCUAUUGUGCAACAAAAUGUAUUUGUCUAACGUUUAGAAAUAAAAUAAAGCUGAUCAGUUGACAAAUUUUGCUGAAUGCGCAAUGCUUGUUGAAAUUACUGACAUUUACUCACAUUCCACUUUCUAUUUCAUCUAUUUUAUUUUUUAAGCAUUUUAAUUAAUUAUGGUAUGUCUUGUAUAAAAAGCAUUUUUUUUAUUGAAUAGACAAGAAAUUGUUGGAAUGGGCCAAACGUUUAUGUCACUUUAUGAAAAUCUUUUGCAUAGCUUGAUUUGUAUGGAUUAAAUCUGACAGGUAAUCAACAUUCUCAUAAAUAAUUUGUUGAUUACUGUAUUCAAAUUUUAUUGGUAUAUUUUUUAUGCGAUAAGGUCAAAAGCAAGAUGUUAUGUAUAAAGGGGGUCGCACACCGGACGCGCAGCUCAGCGCUGCACCGUUCUAAACAAAUCUAACUGUAUCUAUUUUAUAGUAAUUAUUUUUGAGAGACUUUUAUUUAAUGAGCAAAUCGUUUUUUUUGUGCAAGUGGCGAGAGUGCAUGAAGAAGAAGAGCAUGGCACAGAAAGUAAAAAAAGUUAGCACACAGAAGUGAGUGUUGUGUCAUAUCUGAGAAGCUUGUUGGAUAAAGUCCCAGCUAACAGGAAUGUUUUCAGAACAUUGGCUAACAUUCCCUAAAAGUUGUGUUAACAUUUUUAUGAAAAACAUUUAUAUGUGAUGUUCAAGUAAUGUUUUAAAAAUGUUUUUUUUUAAGAAAAAUAAUGUUCCUACAUUGUUAAACAUACACUUGGAAAAAACAUUUUGAUACAAACAUUGAAAAAUGUUUUUUGGAUGUUGUUUAUGUAAUGUUCUCUUUAUUUUACACAUUUCCUUUUUUGUGGCUGCUUUUGAAAAUUUUAUGUGAAAUUCGAUACGAUCUCAUAACUUUGCUUUAAAAGCUGAUUAUGUAUGAGAGUCACAUGCAGCUUAUUAAUGCCUUUCUAUCACAAAGUUUCAUAAUCUAUCUUUCGAUAGUCAUAUCGCCAACGUCUGCCGCAAGAGUGCUUACUCGAUCUAAAAAGUAUGACCACAUCAGUCCAA